AUGGAUACUGUUGGAAUAUUGGUAUUCUACAACGGAAGCUGGGUUCACAAUGAUAACAUUGAAAGUUAUGAAGGUGGCGAGGCUAAAGGCAUAAUAGUAUCACGAAACAUAACCUUUUCUGAGCUUGUUGACCGCAUUUAUAAGAUCACGAAUGCAGAUCGCAAUAAAUACAUUGUCACACUGAAGUUUUCUGUUCCUCUAUCAUCAUCUGCCUAUAAGCACCUAAAGGUUGAAGACAAUGAUGACGUUCAAUAUUUUCUGAAGUACAACACGGAUGUUAUGAGCUCUAAAGUAACCCCUUUAUUAGCAACCCUCAAAAUUAUAGAAGGACAUGAUUGGGUUGAAGAUGUUAAUUUUGAAUGUGCUGAAAACAUAGUCGCAGAUUUUUGUGUACCUAGCAAUGAAGAGGAAGCGUACUCUACGCCAAACGUGCAUCCACAUCGAGAAAGCAAUUUCCAAGCCUCCACGGUGCAGGUUACACAAGUGCAAUCUAAAACUCCGCAACGAUCAAGUUGGACUGAAAUGCAUACAAGUCGGGUUCAUUUGGUACAUGGUAAGAGUGUGGAAGAUAUUGAUUAUGGUGGAGGUCUUUCUUGCAUAAAUUGGGAAGCAAAUUUUAAGGUUGGACGAGUUUUUCCAAAUAAGCUUGCCCUUAUAAAAACCUUAUGUUUAGCAGCAGUCAGAGGCCACUUUCGAUUUAGAACAGUCCAAUCUGGGAAACGUAGAUUGUGUGUUCGUUGUUGGCAACUUCCUUGCCCUUGGCAACUUCGGGCAUAUAAAGUUGGAUUACAUGAGUUUAGGGUUGUUAAAUACGAUCCAUUUCAUGAAUGUGAUCUAAGGUAUCUUAGUAGUCACCAUCGUCAAGCUAGUACUGGAUUGUUGUCCGACUCUGUGAAACGCAGAUUUAAGGAUUCCCGCACCAUUUAUACUGCAGGUGAUAUCAUCAAAGAUGUGCGACAAAAUUUUGGUGUGACCAUAAGCUACUCUAAAGCUUGGAGAAGCCGAGAGUUAGCUUUAAAGAUAAUUAGAGGGUCUGCAGAAGAGUCAUAUGCUAUUCUCCCUUCCUAUUGUUAUGAAUUGGAGCGAUUUAAGUCCUCAAUGCGUCCUGUGAUUGCUGUUGAUGCUACCCAUUUGAAGUGCAAGUACAAAGGUGUUUUGUUUGUUGCCACUGCAUUUGACGGAAAUCGUAAUAUAUAUCCUCUUGCCUUUGGGAUUGGAGAUUUGGAGACGGAUGCAGCUUGGGAGUGGUUUUUCACAAAACUACAUUGUGCAAUUGGUGAUUGCUCGAAUCUCGUUGUCAUAUCUGAUCGAAAUCUUAGCAUAGAAAAUGGGUUGAAAAGAGUUUUUCCUGAGGCAGCACAUGGUAUUUGCUUUUAUCACUUGAAGGACAAUAUGAAAGCCUCAUUUAAGUUGAAGAAGUGGGAUCCGAUAUUGGGGUUUUUUGUGCGGGCAGCCAAGUCUUACCGUCUAGCAGAGUUCAAUCGGUAUUUCUCCAUGAUAAACAAUGAGCGAGUGCAAACUUAUCUAGUACGUGCAGGGCUCCAUAAGUGGUCUCGAGCCCAUUGUGACGGACGACGAUAUAAUGUCAUGACAACUAAUAUUGCAGAGUCCAUUAAUUCAGUUCUUCGUUUUUCAAGGAUGCUUCCGGUGGUACAUUUGAUCGAAGAAAUUAGGAAUAUGCUUCAGAAUUGGUUUUAUCAACGUCGAGAUUUAUCAAUGAAAUGUAAAUCUAUGUUGUGCCCCGAUUUAGGGGAAAAGAAGUUGAGGAAGAGAUUAGACGCUGCUUCAAGGAUGAAUGUGGUUAAAAUCAAUGAUGUGGAGUAUAAUGUGCUUGAUGGUGAUAUGAACGGUCUCGUGCACUUGCAAAACCAUAGUUGUACGUGUAGAAAGUUUGACUUAGAGCAACUCCCGUGCAAGCAUGCUAUUGCGGUAUGUCGACACUUGAAAUUGAACUCAUACUCAUUUGCCUCUUCGUACUACACUCGAGCUACAUGGGCAGCUGCAUAUGCUGAAUCCAUUUAUCCUGUACCACCUCAAGGGACAUGGGUUAUUCCCGAAAAUGUCCAAAAUGUAAAUCUCCUCCCUCCUAUUUCAAAGGUUAUGCCGGGUCGUCGUAAGACACAAAGAAUAUCUUCUAAAGGAGAGGACUCACGAGAAAGAAAAUGCUCAAGGUGCGGUGUGAAGGGCCACUAUCGAAGUACAUGCAAAGAAGCUAUCCCCGUCACUAACAAGAAGAAGAUCAUUUAG